AUGUAUCCAUUCUGUAAGGAUGCUAGGCGUUUGGAGCUGAUCAACGUGCUCAUGAUCAUGUUGUGGGUCUACAACGACAAAUGCGAAAAGAGCACCGGGGAGGAAGCAGCCAACUUGUUACAUGAAUGGGAAGUGCGCCUUGGAACCGGGGAUCGUGGAUGUAACGAAAGUAGCACGGCAGGAAGAGAACUGCACCUGGCCACCCUAAAUACAGAAUACUGGCUGAAGCCGCCAGCAAAGUACGAAAACCUCGGCGAGUAUCUAGCUUAUCGCUACCGAAAUAUUGGCGCAGUGUUUGUCUGGUCAUGUGUAAAGUUCAGCAUGGAUCUCAAAGUGGACAUUUCGGAUCCGCGUAUCGCGGAAUGGCUUGAGUGGGCUGGUUUGCAUCUGGGCAUGAUCCCCUACCUGCACCUAUUUACCAGCGCAGUCACAGAGGAGCUCAUAGAUAGAUAG